AUUAUUAGUUAUUACUGUCCAGAUUUAGUCAUACGGCUCACUAUUACCCCGAUUUACCACCACUGUUACCAGAUUUAGCCAUACGGCUCACACUCCCUCUAAGGGGAAAAUUGACUCAUCCCAGAUACCUACGGUAUCAAAAGGAUUGAGCUCUGGUGGGACUCUUUCCGUGUUAUCGAGCCCUAGGUGACUUGGUAUGCAGGUGUAUCUCCCAGAAAUUUUCGUACGCAUCUGGCCGUCGCGAGUAGUACAGCUUUCUGCAUGGUCUUAUAAAGAUGUUCAUUCAGACCCAGCUUUUUUAUGCUUUCGAGGAGGGUCUUCGGAAUGACUCCAGUAGUAGACAUAAUAAUCGGUAUCGUCUGGGUACUUUGCAUUCUCCAUUGCCUUCGUAUUUGAAUUUCUAGAUCUCUGUACUUGGCGAUCUUUUCAGUAAAUUUACUACGUAGAUUAUUGUUGUUAGGAAUCGCCACAUCAAUUAGUGUUUAGUACGAGAUCUGGUCUAUUAUGUGCCACUGUUUGGUCUGUGAGCACAGUGCGGUCCCAGUAUAGCUUGUAGUUGCCAUCCUCAAGCAUACUCUCAGGGACGUAUUGAUAAUACGGGAGAUGGUCUGUUUGGAGAAGUCCCAGCUUGAUAGCUAUCUCUUGAUGAAGGAUUUUUCCCACUGCGUCAUGCCGUUCCUUGUAUUCAGUUGCAGCAAAUGCCUGGCAGCCCCCUGUAAGAUGUUGGAUGGUUUCUUGGGCUUGACAUCCAUAUCGGCAUCUGUCGUUCUGAACCUGAUGGUCUUUGAUGAUAUAUUUCAGGUAAUUUCUGGUUGGUAUAACCUGAUCCUGAAUGGCCAGUAAUGAACCCUCCGUUUCAGGGAACAUCUUUCCUGAUGUCAACCAGUAGUUCGACGCUAUAUUGUCGACAUAAUCUUGGCUGACCUCAUUGGGAUGUCGCCCGUGCAGAGGUUUACCCAUCCAGGCGCGCACUUUUUCGUCCUUAGUAAGGUGGUUUAUGCGCAUUUCUGGUACCCUCAGUUUGAUCGGUGUUGUGUCAUCUACUGCGCAGAUAGCGCGAUGUAGUGUUGAUGUCUCAGCCUGCAUCUGAAAAUAAGUUCUUAAAUUAGCAAUUUGUUUAUCUAAUUGCUCACCUAUAUCCAUAAGUCCUCUUCCUCCUAGAUUCCGUGGUAAUGUUGUUCUUUCUACUGCACUUUUAGGAUGGUGUUUUUGUGCCUUUGUGAGGUGUGUUCGUACUUUUCGCUGAAGAGCUUCUAUAUCUGUUUUUGUCCACUUAACAAUACCAAAUGAGUAGCUAAGCGCGGAACAUGCGUAGGUGUUUAGUGCCUUAAACAAAUUUCUACUGUUAAGGUGUGAGCGAAGCAGCUGUUUUAUCCUUCGUAUAAACUCAGUAGUUAUCUCUGUUUUCAUUUGUUUAUGGUCAAUUUUACGCGCUUGCUUUACUCCAAGAUAUUUAUACAUAUCGCUUUCACCCAUGGCCUCGAUGUUCUGGCCAUUUUGCAUAUCGAAUCCUCCGGGCUGUACUUUUCCUCUGACUAUAUUUAAAAUACGGCACUUAUCUAGUCCGAAGUGCAUACUAAUAUCAUUAGAAAAAGUUUCUACAGUUUUUAGCAUCUCGUCGAGUUGGUUUCGAGUGGAAGCCAUUAAUUUCAAAUCAUCCAUGUACAAUAAAUGAUUAAGCUUCGCCACCACAUUGUUGUUAUUUUUGAUGCUAAAACCUGCAUCUGUGGAGUUCAAUAGCUGAGAUAGUGGGUUCAUAGCUAGACAGAACCACAGAGGACUCAACGAAUCUCCUUGAAACAGGCCCCGGCUGAUUACGAUAUUUUCAGUUUCGAUGUUACUUUCACCAGGUAUUUGAAGGUGAAUUCUAGUUUUCCACUCUGUCAUUAUAUGUUGUAAAAAGGUCACUAUAUUAUCAUCGACUUUAUAUAUUCUCAGUAUAUCUAUAAGCCAUUCAUGCGGCACUGAAUCAAAGGCCUUCUUGUAAUCAAUAAAAGCAGUAAAUAGAUUCCUCUUUUUGGAAUAUGCUUGAUUAGAGAUGACUGAGUCGAUGAUAAGUUGUUCUUUGCAACCCAUGGAACCCUUAGCGCAUCCUUUCUGUUGAGGCUCUAUUAUAUUGUUCAGAGCACAGUGUUGGUAGAUACGCCGGGCUACACAGGAUGUGACCAAUUUAUACAAAGUUGGAAGGCAAGUAAUUGGGCGGUAUUUUGCUGGAUCUUGGGUGUUAUUUUGAUCCUUCGGUAUUAAAUAAGUGGUUCCCUGAGUUAGGAAUAAUGGUAUAUCCUGCGGAUUAGAAAUAACAUGAUUAAUUAGUGUUGAUAAGCAUUCAUGAGCACUCCAAAACUUCUUGAGCCAAAAGUUUUGAACUCCGUCUGGUCCAGGAGAUUUCCAGUUAUGAAGCUCUUUGAUGAUAUUUGAGACUUAUUCAGUGGUGAAGGGUUCGUAGAGAGUAGUAGUGUAGUGUUGGCAGCUCUGUGCCGUAUCUUCUAUCCAUCCAGCAUUGUUGUUAAGAGCAGCUGGUGUGGAAAGUUGAUUUCCCCAAAACUCAUGAAUUUCUUCUUGGCUUGGAUAAGACUUAUCGAGAUUUUCUACGGUGGAAUUGAGUUUUCGAUAGAACGCCUUCUCAGCAGUCUCAAAAAGGGCAUUGUCGGAUUUUCGGUUGUUACUCACUUUGUACCUUCUUAGUCGUCCUGAAUAAACUGAGAGUCUUUGUUUUAAUGUAUCCAGGCACUGUUGGGCUGUGUUGUUUUCUGGAUCGUAUCUUGAGUGUCUUGCAGUAUUCCGUGUUAUUUCUUCAGCUCUCCUGAUGACUCUUGUACUUCUUACACCUCGUGUAUAUAUUUUGUGACUUGACCAAUAUCCCUACGCAGCAAUUCAAUCUUUCCGAGCAGCCUUUUUUCCCAGGGUUCAGUUCUACUACCAGUCCUUCCAUUAUUAGUACCCCGUCGUGUUCUGAUCUUAAUGCCCAUUACAUUAGCAAUUGCUGUUGCUGCACAGUAGAUUAGCAUGUGCAGAUACUCUAAUGUGUGUGCUUCUACGACAUAAUUGGGUAGGACUUCAGUGUUCACAAUUUGUAACAGCACACCUAGUCUCUUACAAGAGUUUAUUCGUGGUAGCGGUGGUCUGCUAAGUGGCCACUGUUACUAUUAUUAUUGUUAUUAUUAGUUUAAUUAGUAUUUUGCAUUAGUUUUUAGUUCUUUUUUCUUUCUUAAUUUGAGUAGUAUUUGGCAUUAGUUUCGUAUUUUUAUUAUUAUUUAGUUCUUAGUUUUAUAUUUAUUUUUCCUUAUUGAAAGUAGUAUAGUGUUUUGCAUUGAAGUAGUUGCAGUAAGUAGGUAGUGAAAAUGUCAAACAAACGGCAAAGAUUUUCUUAUGACGAUGACAUUGUUCUGCUCAAAGAAAUUGUUUCUCGCAAUCCAUUUGCAAAUGGCAAAGAGGCAUGGUGUGAAGUAAAAAAUAGUUUUUCAAUUUUAACACAAAAAGACUUCACAAUUAAAAGCAUUAGACAACAUUUCCAAAUGUUGAUAGGUGCUUGGAAGAAGAAGGAUACUGAAACUCAGAAAAGCUCUGGGAUAGAAGAGCCAUACUGCCAAAAAGAUCACCUGUUACAAGAAGCAUGGGAUCUGAUGAGUGCGCAGCCCAAUUUAAAAAUAAAAAAGGUGGCAGUCAAUGAUAUGAAUGUAGCCAAAGAUAGACGCAUUAAUUUUGCAAAAAAAUUUUUUGAGGAAGAGAAGGAAAACCUAGGAUGCUUUAUUGAGCAUGAUUACUGUGCAGAUGAACCUGAAGAAUUCUUAAACGAUAUAGAGUUGCUGCCUGAGGAUGUUACUACACCAGCCACUCUGCCUGAGGAUGUGGCUACACUCACGCUGCCUGAGAAUAUGACUACACCAGCCACGCUGCCUGAGGAUGUGGCUACAGUAUUCACGCUGCCUGAGAAUAAAGCAGCACCAUCUAUGCUGCCUAAGAAGAUGGCUGCACCAUCCUCUUCAGGAGCUACUGAACCUCGAGUAAGCAUUGAAGUACCAUCCAAGAAGUGUCAAACUCCAGUACGCUCAAUACUAACUCCAAAUGUUCUUGGAUCUAUCAAAUCCAAGGCAAGAAAGACUUCAUAUAUAAGGAAAACUGGCUUGGACUUCCUCCAACAAAAAAAUAAAAAGGAUGUAGAACUGGAGGAAAAGAGAAUUAACUGUGAGGAAAAGAAACUGAAAUUAGAGGAGAAGAGGAAAAAAAAGUGAUGCUGUUGCUCAAAUGGUUCAAAACCAAACCCAACUAAUUCACAACCAGACACAACUACUUCAAAAGUUAAUAGGUGUAGUUGAUAAUUUAACACAAAAAAUAAUAGAGAAAUAAAAUGCUUAAUUUGAUAUAAAAAGUUUUUUAUUAAUAACACAACUACCACAGAAUAUUUGUUAAUCGAUUAAAAAGCCAUAUAACUGGUGUUAUGAUUAUCCAUAUACAAUUUCUUUGUUAUGUGAUGGUAACGUAUGUCCUAAAAGUUUUGGCACAAAAUUCAUUGGCUUUAAUUUUAACAAGAACCAAGUAAUAUCAAGUUGCCUUUGAAAACAAAAGUUUUUUUAGUUUGUCUACUGUCAGUUAAGAUUUAUUUAUUAUGAAGUUUUCACUUUAGAAUGCAGUAUAAUUUACAAAUAAAACGUAUCUACAAGUUGGUUGGGUGGGCACUCAAAUGCUGAAAUCCGUCGAAUAUUUCAGUGUGCAAGUAGGGAAUACCAUGGCUGAAUCUACCAAAAUGUGGAAGACUGUGUGCAUUUACUGCACAGAAAUCAGAGAGAUUGGUGAAAAGAGCAAGAAAUCAGCUUGGAAAGGAAACACGAAGAUUGGCUCGUCAACACAGAUCUUCUAAGGGCCGGUUGUUCGAACGCUAAUCAACAUUGAUCACUAUCAAAUAUUUAAUUACUGUCACAACUGUCAAUGUCAACUUUG